CAGAAUUUUAAAAUAUAUUCCCAGAGGAGAGAAAUAAUUAAAAUGUGCUGAUUUUUACGAAUUGGGGGAGAAUUCCUACGUUAUAGCUCAAAAUUUCUCAAAAUUUGAUCCCAUUCUUUGUGCAGGGUCCAUUGUCGUGGCAGGACUGACUUGUUUAAGUAAAAUGUUAAGUGUGUGCAUAGGUGGACCUCUAAAAAAAUAAGUUGGAUGUUGUUGACAUUGAUACUUCAGCCUUAAAAUGGUGACUAGAUUGAGUGUGUGCAUGUGGACUUUUAAGUGAUUGGGUCAAUUGGACUGGACGAAUGUGGAGUGAAAUUUUGCAUGGAAAUGCAUGGAUGGAUCUCUGUAAGUUGGCGUCCAUUCGUCUCCAACGACAGACUUGGACUUGGGAGAUGGAAAAGCUGAAAUUCUGAAUUUGAGCGAUUAAUGGAUUUUUUAAGUUAAAAAUUUCUAUGCAAAUGAAUUGUUUAACUUAAAAUAGUGAAGUGCGAACGAACUGUUUAAAAAAAUAAAGUUUAAAAAUUACACAAUUGUUUGAUAGUUUAGUACUUUAUUUUUUUAAACGGGUGUAAUCAUAAUUUUCGAAAUUUUGUGAACUGUGAGAAUAUUUUCUGAAAUGUGAAGAAAUGUCUUGGCUUAAUCUUGUUGAGUUAAAAGUUUCUAUAAAAUGAAGUUUUUAACGUGAAAUCGUGAAGUGAUUGCAUUUGUGAGAACUGCUUUAAAAUUUUUAAAGUUCAAGAUUAUAUAUUUUUUGGCAGUUUGACGAGUUUAAAAUUCUUAAAAACGCGAAAUUUAUGAAAGUUUGUAAACUGCAGUAUUUUCCAAGAAAUGCCAAGAAAUGCCUUAAUUUAAUGGCAAAUGCAAUAAAAGUUAUGAAACUAAUGUGAAUACCUAAUUCACAUAUCUUUAGGAAAUUGUGAUGCUAUGUUUAAUCAAGUGUGAAAAUUUUUGUGCAAAUUACAAGUUUUCGCAAAAAUAAAAAAUGUGCCAAAUUCUUGGAAAUUCUCGCAUCCUUUAAUAAUUUCCUGAUUGAGAUAAGCACGAUGACGCCACGAAUAUCAUCUUUGCGCCUGGGAACGCAAGCCGUAUUUCGGCAAGGAAGGGUGGCGCCACGCCUGAUCCCGGUAGAUUUUGCGGUCGGACUUCACCUCUCCUGGCCUCUCUUAUCCGCCUUGAUAAGCAUACUUAUCUUGAUGUUAAACUCGUGGGAGUGGGCUUUUCAGAAGACAGAUUUUCUUCAGACAAUCUCGCCCAGAUUUUUCGAUCCGUACUUGAUCGAAGAGUUUGAUUUCGUUAUUGUCGGCGGUGGAUCUGCGGGGACCAUCGUUGCCAAUAGGUUAAGUAAAUACCCCGGAAAUUCGGUUCUUCUCCUUGAAGCGGGUGGAAAACCGAAUCCCUUCAUGUUAUGGCCAGCCAUGGCGUACGUUGGACAACUUAAAGUUCCCGGGGUGGAUUGGAUGUAUGAAACAGUGCCGCAAAAGAAUACUUCGCUCGGGCUGACGGGAAAGAAAGUUCGCAUCCCACGAGGAAAAGGUCUGGGAGGAUCUUCAAAUCUAAACUUGAUGUACUACCAACGCGGCAACAAACGAGACUACGACCGUUGGGCUGACGUCACGGGAGACGAAGAAUGGAAUUUUGAAAAUGUCAUGCCAUUCUUUAAAUCGUCGUCGAAUUAUCAUGGGCACAAUCCGAACCCCAUAUUUCACCGCACGGUAUCCCCUACCGCGCCUGAUGAAGGGCUUUUCGUCGGACAAACGAUUCCCUACGGGAUUCGGGAAUGGUUAUCAGCCGCAGCCGAGAAAGGAUACCAUGUCGAAGAUCCGAACGCCCUCCAGCGGGAAAGUUUCGGACGGAUGGACGUUACCAUCAAGGACGGCCAAAGGUUCGGAACUUACGCGGCAUUUCUACAAGGAAAAGUCGAAGCGAGACGAAACUUAUGGAUUUAUUUGUACUCUCGCGCCAUCAAAGUGCACCUCGAUAAGGACCGGGUCGCUUAUGGAGUGACUUAUCGACGCCACGGAAAAACUAGAUUUGUUCGAGCCCGGAAGGAAAUUAUUUUAAGUGCGGGAGCCGUAGAUACACCGAGACUCUUGCUCUUAUCGGGGAUAGGACCGAAGCGGGAGUUAAAUGAGUUGGGGAUAAGCUGUCGCGUAAAUCUUCCCGUCGGGUACAACCUUCAAGACCACGCGCUCACAAUUGUGGGUCCUUUUACCGUUGAUGACAACAAAGCGGCGUCCUUCUUGCGAGAAUCGAACGCUAUCUCGUUAUCCGAUUAUUUCGGGAGAAAUAUGGGAUUUAUUUCUACGCCGGAUUCAUCAAGCGGUGUGGGUUAUGUGUGCUCAUCUUUGGCGGAGAAGGACUGGCCGGAUAUUCAGUACACACUGAUCGGAGCGUCUACAACGAUUCCGAUAGUGUCGAUGGCGCAUAAUUUUAAACCGGGUCUCUGGGAAGCCUACUCCAAGCCAUACCUCACUCGUGAUAGUUUCGCCGUAGCCAUCGUAGCGCCUGGUUUGCCCCGAUCCCGCGGUCAAAUUCGGUUAGCGUCCUCUUCCCCCGAUGACAAACCGAUCAUCGACCCCCACUAUUUUACUCAUCCCGACGACAUGCGCAUUAUGACGGAUGGGAUGCGAAUUCUAAUUGAUCUCAUCGAAACGACGCAAGCUUAUCGAAAAAUUGGGGCCAGUUUUGCCACCACGCCGCUGCCAGGAUGUGAACAUUUCUCGGAUUUGAGGUCAAACGAAUAUUACGAGUGUUACUUGAGACAGUUGACCUUCACGGUGCACCACCCGUCCUGCACGGUACCCAUGGGGAAGGAUUGGCGAGAUCAGAGGACAGUGCUGGACUCGAAAUUGAGAGUUUUCAAAACCCGACACCUCCGCGUAAUCGAUGCCUCUGUGAUGCCAUACAUUCCCAACGCCAAUCUGAACGCGCCUACGAUAAUGAUUGGCGAAAAGGCGGCCCAUUUCAUCCGGGACUAUUGGGCCCAGCAAUUUCUCGUUUGUGAUAUGCGAGAGUUUCUAAGUUAUCGGGAAAAUCGGCAGUGUUUUUAUUGCAGGCUGGUUUAAUCAAUAAAUUAGCGAAUAAUUAAUGCAAUGUGAUACUAAAAUUAAUUAGGUGAUUACCUAAACUUAGCCAAAAUUUAGUCUAGAAUAUGUAAUAUGUUCGCAUGCAGAUUUUUGCACUUGGGGGUUGACUCUGAAUUAAUAUGAUGUUUACUAUAUAUUACCAAUAUUUUAGAAUAAAGUGGAUAAACAAUUUGAAGAAAAUACCCCGAAAACACCAAAAA